AUGCCAUCGCUCGAUCCCCGUUGGAUGUCAGAGGCCAAACCCAUGGUAGCCAUGGUAGCAACUGUCGACUCAAAGUUUUCCGAUACUUUGUUCUAUCGGUACUCCUGCUUCAGCAAGCUUCGUCGAUGUAUUGCAUACUGGAUGCGAUAUUUCCGUGCCUUGAAGGCCUCCACCAAGAAGACCGCCAUCGAACCGUUCGAGACCUUGACCACUAUCGACUUCCGUGAAGCAGACAUUGCGCUCUGUCGACUAGCUCAGCACGAAUCGUUUCCGGAUAUUUUCUGCGGGGAACGCAUUCCUAUAUCGUCACCAUUAAAGUGGUUGAAACCGAAAGUCGACAAGGAAGGUGUCAUCCGAGUCGGUGGGAGACUCGGCAAUGCCGCCGUGUCCGAAGAUGUGAAAUUUCCGAUUGUCCUCUCGUCGAAGCAUCUGUUAUCCACUCUUAUAGUCAAAUACUAUCACCAUAUGCUGCUGCAUGCUGGUCCCCAGCUGAUGCUCGCCACGAUUCGCCAGAAGUUCUGGAUCAUCGGUGGUCGUAACCUGGUUCGCCGUACGUACCAUCAGUGUCACACGUGCUUCCGUAACAAACCCGUCCUAGUGCAGCAGAGUAUCGCCGAUUUGCCUGCGACAAGAGUGACGCCCACAAAACCAUUCGCCAUAUGUGGGAUUGACUACUGCGGUCCCGUUUAUAUAAAACCUCCGGUACGUAACCGGGCUCCAACUAAGGCAUACAUAGCCAUAUUCGUAUGUUUCGCUACUCGCGCCGUCCACAUCGAGCUUGUUUCCGAUCUAUCUACACCGGCUCUCUUGGCCGCCCUGCGUCGUUUCGUCGCCCGCCGUGGAAGGAUGAACGAAAUCCAUAGCGACAAUGGUACCGCUUUCAAGGGUGCAGCAAAUGAAUUGCGUAGAAUCUAUGACAUGUUGAAAUUCAGCGAAUCCGACCGGAAACAAAUUCUCGACUGGUGUGCGGAAAACGAGAUCACCUGGCGUUUCAUACCCCCACGAGCGCCGCACUUUGGCGGGCUGUGGGAGGCAGCCGUCAAGUCAGCCAAGCAUCACCUAAUACGUGAGAUUGGCACUGUGAAUGUUGGCUAUGUGGACAUGUGCACCCUCAAAUUGAGAUACCUAGAAGUUUUGACUCCAGCACAGUUCCUGAUCGGAACCAGCUUCCAAGCCGUCCCGGGAAAUAAUUUGUGCGCCAUCCCAGAUAAUCGCCUGACGCAUUUUGAGCUCGUUCAGAAGCGAUUCCAGCGAAUCUGGGCCCGAUGGGCGCCAGAGUACCUCCAAAUGCUCCAGUCGCGAGCAACGAAAUGCAAGUCCCCAGUGACCAUCACACCAGGUACCGUCGUAGUCAUCAAGGACGAUAAUCUACCUCCACUCCAAUGGCCCCUCGGAAGGAUCAUCAAGGUACAUCCGGGGAAAGACGGAGUGGUACGUGUCGUCACCCUGAAAACCGCAUCAUCCGAAGCAGUCGUCAGACCCGUAGCGAAGAUUGCACUUCUGCCGAGACUGGAGAAUCACCAUGCGAAUCCUGAAGAAUGA